ACGAGAGUGUCACUGAGGAGAGCCGCCACUCUUCGCUAGGUCCACUUGGUGUUCACUUCGUCACACCUUCUAUGCUGGGAGAACUCAAUAUCUCCAUUUUUUUUAAACUAUACUUUAUUACGUAAGAAGAAACCAACAGGUGAACGUGACUUGUGUUUGUGUGCGGUUCUCCUUCCCUUCCAACCCGAGCAACCUGCUCCGGCUUGUCGGAUGGACUAAAUCAUCUCCACUUUCACGACAAGACCCGCUCCUUUUCGGCAUACGUUUCCCUUGUUUGACGGGAUCCAUUUGUACUUUAUUUUGUAUUUUUUUGUACAUCCCAAAGUGUUGGAGGAUCUCCAAGUUGAAGAGCUGAGUGUGUAAGAACCCCAGGCGACACCGAUGGAAGCCCCGCUCGUCUGCCGUCUGCGGACCGCCUUCGCCAUCUUCGUCAUCCUCCCCUUCGCAGCUUCCGCCGACCGGGACCUGGCCUUCUGCGGCACGUGGCGCCACGGCAAAGACCCGCUGAGCGUGAGCUUCAACGUCACGCCCGGCUGCGGCGUCCUGUCCGUGUCGGCCGGCGAGACGUCCCUGCAGGUCUCGGGGCACGUGGCGGCGCGGUGCAGACGCUCCGGCGUGCAUCACCUCCGCCGCGACGCGCUCCACGCCGAGGGGGAGAGUUACUUCUGCCUAUACUGGGAGCCCCUGCAGGACCAGCUGAAGUUGCAGGUGCGAGGGAACAACCUGACUCUCUGCUGGCCCGUGGGCAUGCCGGACUCGUGCUGCACCUACCUGUCCCACGGCAUCAACGAGCCCCAGGCCAAGUACGGCAUCGCCCGGGGAACCAUCGAGGAUGACGUCAUCACCGAUAAAACGCUGACCGCCUUCAACUUCACCGGAACCCCCGUCCGAUGCGCAACCUUCUGUCCCCGGGGGAGACGUGGAUCUACCCGAGUCAACGUGACUGAGCCGGAGCCUCCCUGCGCCCUCAGCUCGCAGGUGGAGAUGAAGGACGACUUUGACGGCGUCAACAUCCGCUCACCUCACGUGGAUGGCGUGGCCCCGGAGUCGGCAACCUUCAUCCAUCUCCCCCCCGCCUUGAAGCGGGCUGCAGGAAACAGCAGCAAAGUGGUGUGCACCUUCUUCAAAAACAACUCCGUGUUCCAGGAGGGCCUCAAGGAGGCGAGGAUCCUUAAUGACGUGGUGGAAAUUUCCAUUGAGAAGGAGGUCAUCAAGGACCUGCCAGAGCCAAUCACGAUUGGCUUCCAUCAUGGCGUCGUACCUAAAACACAUUCAAGGACGUGUGUCUCCUGGGACACCAGGAAAGAUCCUAUGAAGGUGAAGUGGUCGGUGGGAGGAUGUGAGACGCAGCCGAUAGGAGACAAACACACGGAAUGUCUCUGUGACCAUCUGACCUACUUUGCAGUGCUGGUGCAACUGAAGCCGCGACCGGUGCGCCACCUGCUGGCUUUGACCGCCAUUACCUCUUUCGGCUGCGCGCUGUCCUUCCUCAGCUGCAUGGCUCUCGUGGUCUUCCUCUGCAGGAGAAGGCAAACCAAGGACGCGUCCACGCCGAUCCACCUGGGCCUGGCCGUGUCCCUGGCCUUCCUCAACCUGCUCUUCUUCCUCACGGGGGUGCUGGCCAACGUGGGCGUGCACGACCUGUGCGUGCUGGCGGGGGCGGGCCUCCACUACGCCCUGCUCAGCUCCUUCUCCUGGAUGGGAAUAGAGGUGUUCCACACCUUCUGGCUGGUCUACGUGGUCUUCAGGCCCUCGCCCAACCUGUGCGUGUGGAACCUGCUGGGCUUCGUCGUCCCCGUGGUGCCCGUGGUGGUCCUGAUUGCGGUCGGGGACAUUUACGGCCUGAGGAAGGUGGCGUCCGCCGAGGACCAAGACCAUCCCUUUCUGAUGUGUUGGAUGAAGAACAACGAUGCGGCGUUGCUGGCUCACUACUUCACCUUGUUGUAUAAUGUGUGCAGGUGUUGGAUGAAGAACAACGAUGAGGCGUUGCUGGCUCACUACUUCACCUUGUUGUAUAAUGUGUGCAGGUGUUGGAUGAAGAACAACGAUGAGGCGUUGCUGGCUCACUACUUCACCUUGUUGUAUAAUGUGUGCAGGUGUUGGAUGAAGAACAACGAUGAGGCGUUGCUGGCUCACUACUUCACCAACCUCACCUUGUUGGCCGUGCUGGUGUGUGCGGGCCUGCUGAUGCUCUCCAUGGUCUACAAGGAGAUCCGCACCAGGGAUGAAUGGAGGAAGAACCGCGUGGCCUUCUUCAGCAUUUGGGGCCUCAGCUGUCUCUACGGGACCACCUGGGGUCUCACCUUCCUGGACUUUGGACCGCUCUCAGACUUUGUUCUCUUCCUGUCCUGCAUCCUCAACUCUUUACAAGGCUUCCUGCUGAUGCUGAGGUUCUACGUGUUGGACUGGAUGCGCAAACACCCGCUGGGGAACAAAGAGUCGCCCGCCAAGGCUUGUCACUUGCCCGCCUCGCAGUCCACUAUCAGCCAAGAACCCCUGGAGCCGCUCUGUCCCGGUUCUUGACGGCCUCACUCAGGUAAAAACCUCCAUGCCGGCCCGGAGCCCGCAUGGAGGUUUCCUUCUAGAAACCCCUAGACUGGCUCUAGUUGUUAGGAUGUAAAUAAAGCUUUAUAUAUAAAUAAACAUUCAUUGAUUGAUUGAUUUCCAGACAGAAGAGAUUCUGCACAGACGUUCUUGGACCUUAGCCAAGUUCUUGUACAGUUUCCAGGUAGCACUUUAGAUUUGUAUCUUUGUAUGCGUGGGGGGGAAAAGUCCUAUCAGUCGUAUUUUCCUUCAUGAAUGAUGUACUUACCCUAUUUCCUGACAUGGUGGCUUCCCAGAGUUUACUCCUGCUGAGACAUUUGAAGUACAGUACUUACAGUAUUGACACUUUUUAGGGCGCAACAUAACAUCGAACUUCCUAUAAAAAGCUACUUCCUAGUUGGACAAAAUGCCUUGGAUCGGAGAUGUAUCAUUAAAUCAUCAUCAACAUUUUCAAAGUUAAAUGCUACAUUUGAAAAUAAGUUCAGUACUUACAGUAUUGACACUUUUUAGGUCGCAACAUAACAUCGAACUUCCUGUAAAAAGCUACUUCCUAGUUGGACAGUAUGCCUAACAUUGGAGAUGUAUCAUUAAAUCAUCAUUAACAUUUUCAGUGAGGCUCUUAAAGGAAACGUUAAAUGCUAAAUUAGAAAAUAAGUACAGUAUUAACACUUUUUAGGGCGCAACAUAACAUCGAACUUCCUGUAAAAAGCUACUUCCUAGUUGGACAAUAUGCCUUUAAUUGGAGAUGUAUCAUUAAAUCAUCAUAAACAUUUUCAAAGUUAAAUGCUACAUUUGAAAAUAAGUACAGUACUUACAGUAUUGACACUUUUUAGGGCGCAACAUAACAUCGAACUACCUGUAAAAAGCUACUUCCUAGUUGGACAAUAUGCCUUAGAUCGGAGAUGUAUCAUUAAAUCAUCAUAAACAUUUUCAGUGAGGCUCUUAAAGGAAACGUUAAAUGCUACAUUAGAAAAUAAAUACAGUAUUAACACUUUUUAGGGCGCAACAUAACAUUGAACUUCCUGUAAAAAGCUACUUCCUAGUUGGACAAAAUGCCUUGGAUCGGAGAUGUAUCAUUAAAUCAUCAUAAACAUUUUCCAAGUUAAAUGCUACAUUUGAAAAUAAGUACAGUACUUACAGUAUUGACACUUUUUAGGGCGCAACAUAACAUUGAACUUCCUGUAAAAAGCUACUUCCUAGUUGGACAAAAUGCCUUAUAUCGGAGAUGUAUCAUUAAAUCAUCAUAAACAUUUUCCAAGUUAAAUGCUACAUUUGAAAAUAAGUACAGUACUUACAGUAUUGACACUUUUUAGGGCGCAACAUAACAUCGCACUUCCUGUAAAAAGCUACUUCCUAGUUGGACAAUAUGCCUUAGAUCGGAGAUGUAUCAUUAAAUCAUCAUAAACAUUUUCAGUGAGGCUCUUAAAGGAAACGUUAAAUGCUACAUUAGAAAAUAAAUACAGUAUUAACACUUUUUAGGGCGCAACAUAACAUUGAACUUCCUGUAAAAAGCUACUUCCUAGUUGGACAAUAUGCCUUAGAUUGGAGAUGUAUCAUUAAAUCAUCGUUAACAUUCUCAGUGAGGCUCUUAAAGGAAACGUUAAAUGCUACAUUAGAAAAUAAAUACAGUAUUAACACUUUUUAGGGCGCAACAUAACAUUGAACUUCCUAUAAAAAGCUACUUCCUAGUUGGACAAAAUGCCUUGGAUCGGAGAUGUAUCAUUAAAUCAUCAUAAACAUUUUCCAAGUUAAAUGCUACAUUUGAAAAUAAGUACAGUACUUACAGUAUUGACACUUUUUAGGUCGCAACAUAACGUCGCACUUCCUGUAAAAAGCUACUUCCUAGUUGGACAAUAUGCCUUAGAUCGGAGAUGUAUCAUUAAAUCAUCAUCAACAUUUUCAGUGAGGCUCUUAAAGGAAACGUUAAAUGCUACAUUAGAAAAUAACAUUUAUUAACAUUUAUUACAUGUUAUUAACACACACAAAAUUACCGAUAAUUGGUCCUGUUAUAGAUUCCCAGGCACCGGGGAUUGGUACUGUAUCGGUUCAAAUGUGACCGGUACUCGCCCUGCCUGCGACACAUGAGAGCAUCGGUUAUUGUAAAGGUAAUUGCUGCCCUCUAGUGGACUUAAGUGGAACUGGCCAAUGUUAAAAUACUUCUGCUGUUUGUUUGUGCCUUCAAAAUUGAAGGUUUUUAACUCAAUUUAAAAAAAAUACUACGUUUGUGCUGCCACAAAAAACAUAUUUGGGCUAUUGCUAAUUUAGUACGUAUCACCACUGGUGUGAAAAAUAAUAAAAUGUUAGCAUUAAAACCAUAAUUGUGACGACACAAAGCAGCACAAAUGCUCGGAGAGAUUUGGGCCAGCUGCGUAUUGUUGAUAAAUAAUAAAACGUUGAUAAGAAUAAAACCGUAAUAGCACAAAUAUUUGGCUUUUAGCUUUUUUGGGGGGGGGCUUCCAAAACAUUUGUGCAAUGAUUGUGCUGUCAAAAAAAUAUUUGGGGUAUUGAUUUUUUUAGUACUUAUCCGCACAUCACUAUAGGUGUGAAUAAUAAUAAAAUGUUAAUAACAAUAAAACAUCAUAGCACACAUUUAUUGGCGUCCUAAACAUUUGUGCUGCAUUUGUGCUGUCAAAAUAUUUCACACAAUAGUGCUGUGAAUAAUAAUAAUAAUAAAUAUUGAUAGCAUUAAAACCAUAAUAGCACAAAUGGGGAUUUUUAUUUUUUUUUGGCAGCACAAACGUUAAAUACUUUUGUGGCAUUGAUAUUUCAGAGUGUGUGAGCUGACAGCACAAACUAGCACAAAUGUUUGGGACACCCAAAAAAAUUAUGCUAUUAUAGUUUCAAUAUUAUUGUUUGUGACAAACGUUUGUGCUAUGUUUGUGCUAAGUGAAACCAUAUUACUGACAGCACAAACGUUUGGGACGCCAAAAAAACAUUUGUGCUACUGUGGUCUCAAUAUUAUUGUUUUUGACAAACAUUUGUGCUAAGUGAAACCAUAUCAGUGACAGCACAAAUGUAACACAAACCCUUGGGAGGAUAAAAUAACAUUUGUGCUAUUAUGUUCUCAAUAUUAUUGUUUUUGACAAACAUUUGUGCUAUGUUUGUGCUAAGUGAAACCAUAUCAGUGAAAGCACAAAUGUAGCACAAACUCUUGGGACGCUAAAAUAACAUUUGUGCUAUUAUGGUUUCAAUAUUAUUGUUUUUGACAAACGUUUGUGCUACAUUUGUGCUAAGUGAAACCAUAUCAGUGACCGCACAAAUUUAGCACAAACUCUUGGGAGGCUAAAAUAACAUUUGUGCUUGUAUGGUCUCAAUAUUAUUGUUUUUGACAAACAUUUGUGCUAUGUUUGUGCUAAGUGAAACCAUAUCAGUGACCGCACAAAUUUAGCACAAACUCUCGGGAGGCUAAAAUAACAUUUGUGCUUAUAUGGUCUCAAUAUUAUUGUUUUUGACAAACAUUUGUGCUAUGUUUGUGCCAAGUGGAAUGAUAAUAAUGACAGCACAAAUGUAGCACAAACGUUUGGGACGCCAAAAGAACAUUUGUGCUAUUAUGCUUUCAAUAUUAUUGUUUUUUUUUACAAACAUUUGUGCUAUGUUUGUGCUAAUUGAAACCAUAUCAGUUACAGCACUAAUGUUGCACAAACUUUUGGGACGCCAGAAGAAUAUUUGUGCUAUUAUGGUUUCAAUAUUAUUUUUUUUGACAAACGUUUGUGCUAAGUGAAACCAUAUCAGUGAGUGCACAAAUGUAACACAAACUCUUGGGACGCUAAAAUAACAUUUGUGCUAUUAUUGUCUCAAUAUUAUUGUUUUUUGACAAACAUUUGUGCUAAGUGGAAGGAUAAUAAUGACAGCACAAAUGUAGCACAAACGUUUGGGACUCCAAAAGAACAUUUGCGCUAUUAUGUUUUCAAUAUUAUUGGUUUUUUUACAAAUAUUUGUGCUAAGUGAAACCAUAUCAGUGACAGCACAAAUGUAGCACAAACUCUUGGGUCGCUAAAAUAACAUUUGUGCUAUUAUGGUUUCAAUAUUAUUGUUUUUUUUUUACAAACAUUUGUGCUAUGUUUGUGCUAAGUGAAACCAUAUCAGUGACAGCACAAAUGUAGCAUAAACGUUUGGGACGCCAUUAGAACAUUUGUGCUAAUAUGGUUUCAAUAUUUUUUUUUUUGACAAACGUUUGUGCUAAGUGAAACCAUAUCAGUGACCGCACAAAUGUAACACAAACCCUUGGGAGGCUAAAUUAACAUUUAUGCUAUUAUGGUUUCAAUAUUAUUGUUUUUGACAAACUUAAGUGCUAUGUUUGUGCUAAGUGAAACCAUAUUACUGACAGCACAAACGUUUGGGAUGCCAAAAAGAACAUUUGUGCUAAUAUGGUUUCAAUAUUAUUGAUUUUGACAAACGUUUGUGCUAUGUUUGUGCUAAGUAAAACCAUAUCAGUGACCGCACAAGUGUAACACAAACCCUUGGGAGGCUAAUAACAUUUGUGCUAUUAUGGUCUCAAUAUUAUUGUUUGUGACAAACGUUUGUGCUAAGUGAAACCAUAUCAGUGACCGCACAAGUGUAACACAAACCCUUGGGAGGCUAAUAACAUUUGUGCUAUUAUGGUCUCAAUAUUAUUGUUUGUGACAAACGUUUGUGCUAAGUGAAACCAUAUCAGUGACCGCACAAAUGUAACACAAACCCUUGGGAGGCUAAAUUAACAUUUAUGCUAUUAUGGUUUCAAUAUUAUUGUUUUUGACAAACUUAAGUGCUAUGUUUGUGCUAAGUGAAACCAUAUUACUGACAGCACAAACGUUUGGGAUGCCAAAAAGAACAUUUGUGCUAAUAUGGUUUCAAUAUUAUUGAUUUUGACAAACGUUUGUGCUAUGUUUGUGCUAAGUAAAACCAUAUCAGUGACCGCACAAGUGUAACACAAACCCUUGGGAGGCUAAUAACAUUUGUGCUAUUAUGGUCUCAAUAUUAUUGUUUGUGACAAACGUUUGUGCUAAGUGAAACCAUAUCAGUGACCGCACAAAUGUAACACAAACCCUAAAAGAACAUUUUUGCUAUUAUGGUCUCAAUAUUAUUGUUUUUUUUUACAAACAUUUGUGCUACGUUUGUGCUGAGAGAAACCAUACCAAAUGAGCGGCAGUGGUGUGUUGAUGCCGGACAUCAGGCGCGGUAUCUGAUGUGCGUUUCGAUGAAAGGAGGCGCCACGCGUACGUGUGGCCGAGCGGAGGCCACUAUUUGAGGAAAAAGGGUAAAGACAAAAGCUGUACAUAUUUUUUAUUUUUUGAUACGUUUUGGACACUGUGUCAGUGAUAGCACCACCUUGAUCAUCAAAGGGACUUUUAUUUUGACAAUCUGAAGAAAGCAGCGUUUUCAUGUUUUGGUUCAGUAAUACUUGAACACAUUUUAGCUGGUGUCAUGUAGACAAAGUUAGUACUUUGUAGUACUUUGUAGUACUUUGUAGUACUUUGUAGUACUUUGUAGUACUUUGUGAUGUAUGUGACUUGUUAGAUGCUGUGAUGUUUGCACUAUUUUGUGUUGUUGUUGUUCUUUUUACUGCUGU